UCGUCGCGUCUCGAGCUUCGAGGUUUUAGUUCGGUUUUAGCUCUGAUUCCGUGAGGACGCUCGCCAGGCGCACCGCUCCGCGUUCCGUUCCGUUAUUCGACUGCCUCGCACGGAGCCUACCGCUCACCCACACUCCUGCAGAAACGCACACACACACACAUACAUAUAUAUAAAGACGGGGCAGCACUCGUGCCGCGAUAACAACGCCAAAUUAUCGAGUCUGCGCCAACAUCCAGCGGAUGGCAAAGUGCGAAUCUUAAAGUGGCCAAGUGGCAGUGCUCCUAGACCAGGCCAAGAACCCCCCGAUGCCGUUGGUCUCUUUGAUUGCCCCUGCUCCGGCUGCCCCCAUGUGAACAGCCGCCACAAUGCGGCGCUAAUCCAAACCCGGUUCAAAUCGCGAGUUCGCGGGUGUUUCAAAAAUCAGACAAAAAAGUGCUCUAAAGUGGUGACCCAAAACAAAUGUGUCGCACCAACAGCUGCAGGGGCAACUGCUGCACUUUAUAGUGCAACAUCGGGUUAUCUAUUAUUUAGCUCCCAGAACAUAGUCCGCUAAUAGCCAACAAAGCGAGCAUAACGGCCAGAAAAAUGGCUUUGCAGCAGCAACAUCAGAAACAUCAGAAACAGCAGCAACACCAGCAGCACAUCAAGUGGCAGCAACAUGCAACAAAGCGUCGACGCUGCCGUCAACAUUGGAUUAAACAUCUUCAGCUUCUGGGACUUCUAGCUGUCAUCAUCCUGGCCAGCAUCCCCACUCCCAGCCACGCCCAGCAGCAGAAGUUCCGAACCACGCCGCACGACCUGCAGGUCCUUGAAGGAGCCGAGGCCAUGAUGCGAUGCGAAGUGGCCAAUGUGGCCGGAGCCGUUCAGUGGACAAAAGAUGGUUUCGCCCUGGGCUUCUCGGCGGUAAUUCCCGGCUAUCCACGUUACUCCGUGCUGGGAGAUCGAAAGCAAGGCAUCUACAAUCUGCGCAUCUCAAACGCCUCGAUCAACGACGAUGCCGACUACCAGUGCCAGGUGGGACCGGCGAGGCUCAACAGUGCAAUCCGAGCCAAUGCCAAGCUUACCGUCAUAUCUCCGCCAGCCUCGAUCGAGAUCAAAGGUUACAGUCACAAUUCCAAGGUGGAGGUGCGCGAGAACCAGGACCUGCAGCUCAAGUGCAUCGUGGCCAAUGCUAAGCCGGCGGCUCAAAUCGUCUGGUAUCGCGGCAAUGUGGAAUACAAACCAGAAAAACGCGAGGAUAAUGUGGAGGAGUCGACGGCCAAGAGAUUUACCACAACCUCGAGCCUUAAACUGAAGCCGGGACCUGAUGAUGAUUACACGGAAUACACGUGCCAGGCGAAGCACAAGGCCCUGUCGCCGGACAUGCCCAUGCGGGCCACCGUUCAACUGUCCGUGUUGUAUCCCCCAGGACCGCCAUAUAUUGAGGGUUAUUCGCACGGUGAAACUCUGCGACGCGGCCAGACUGUGGAGCUCAUGUGCCGGAGUCGCGGCGGCAAUCCGCCUGCCCAGCUCAUCUGGUACAAGAACGGAUCUCAGAUACGAAUGGCCUACAGGACCUCUGGCCGCUUGUCCGAGAACAUCUACACCUUCACCGCCGAGGCCGGAGACAACAAGGCUCGAUUCCGCUGCGAGGCCAGCAAUGUGAUGUCGCAGAAUCCUUUGAAGGCGGAAGUAGAGCUGUCUGUGCUGUUUGCACCCACCCACGUCACCGUAAUGGGACCCACCGAGGCGCGCGUCGGCGAUAUUGUGCCGCUGACAUGCACCACCGCGCCAUCGAAUCCGCCUGCCGAGAUCAAAUGGAUGGUAGGCGGUAGGCAGGUGCGCAACGCCACCUCAAAGACGAUUGUCAGUCCCGAGGGCGGUUGGACGACCACCUCAAACUUCACCGCCACCGUGGAGCCGAACAAGCGCUCACUGGUCGUCAUCUGUCACGGACUCAACAUGCAGCUGACCGAGAACGUCGUGUCCACCCACACGAUCAAUGUGCUGUAUCCGCCCGCGCCGCCAUUAAUUUCUGGCUAUAUGGAGGGACAAAUUAUACCAGCUGGGUCGGUGCAAAAACUGCUUUGCGUUUCAUCAGGCGGCAAUCCGUUGGCGACGCUAACAUGGUACAAAAACGACAAAAGGAUAAACUCGGUUAUACGGGCGGCGGACAAAUCGGUGUCGGCCGAAAUCACCAUUCUGGCGAACGUGUCCGACAACCAGGCCCAGUACCGUUGCGAGGCCUCCAACAGCGCCACCGAAAUCCCGCUCUUCCAGUCCACCAUGCUUAGUGUUCACUUUGCCCCGGAGACGGUCAAAAUACGCAUUGAACCGGAAGAACUGCGACCUGGCAUGGAGGCAGCCAUCAUCUGCGACUCCAGCUCCAGCAAUCCACCGGCCAAGCUGUCCUGGUGGAAGGACGGCAUCCCCAUCGAAGGCAUUAAUAACACGUCCAAGCCGGGUCUCUGGGGCGGCACAGUCUCUACGUUAGAGUUCAGGGUAAACAUCACACAGGAAAUGAACGGCCAGGUCUACACCUGCCAGAGCGCCAAUGAAGCUCUCCAGCGGAGCGUCCACGAGGCGGUCAGCCUGGAUGUCCUGUAUCGACCCAAGUUCGUGCCGCCACCCUCCUCAACGGCGGUGGGCGUGGAGGGAGAAUCGCUGCAGGUGUCGCUUCAAACUCGAGCCAAUCCCACCUCAGUGGCCUACAAGUGGACCAAGGAUGGAGCCAUCAUUCCGCAGGACGGCGAGCAUCGUAUCUUUGCGGACGGCGGUAGCCUGAACUUCACCCGGUUGCAUAGGGAUGAUGCGGGAGUCUACUCCUGCACUGCCUCCAAUUCUCAGGGCAAGGCCACCCUCAACAUCACCGUCGUGGUGGAAUAUGGAACCACCAUCAAAUCGGUGUCCGAGAACAUUAUUGUCAAUCCCGGCGAGGAUGCAAUGCUGUCCUGCAGCGUGGAGGGCAAACCACUGACCGAUGAGCAUGUCAAGUGGGAGCGCGUGGGCUAUGACAUGACCGUCAAGACAUCGACAACUUUUGCUAAUGGCACCUCCUACCUGCACAUCAAGGAUGCGCAGCGUGAGGAUGUGGGCAACUUCCGGUGCGUGGCCGACAAUCGUGUGGCCAAUCCGACUAACCGCGACAUCCUGCUGAUUGUCAAGUUUGCUCCUGAAAUUGCGAAGGCUCCCACGCUCCUGCGAGCUGCCAGCGGAACAGGAGAACGUGGACGACUGCCUUGCCGGGCACAGGGUUCGCCCAAGCCGCAGUUCAUCUGGCGGCAGGACAAGAAGGACCUGCCCAUCAAUCGCACCUACAAGUACGAGGUGGAGGAGCGCAAGAUUGACUCGCUGACCUACGAGUCCUCCCUCAUCGUGGACAAAGUGGCGCCGGCGGACUAUGGUGCCUACGAAUGCGUGGCUCGAAAUGAUUUGGGUGAGGCGGUGGAGACAGUUCGCUUGGAAAUCACCUCGCAACCCGACCCACCCCUCAGUCUUAAUAUCCUGAACGUCACCCACGACACGGUCACCGUGGCCUGGACUCCGGGUUUCGAUGGUGGCCUCAAGGCCUCAUAUCGCGUACGCUAUAGGAUGGUCGACCGCGAGCAGUACAAAUACAUUGACGGGCUGCCCAAUAGCCACAAGCUGACCAUUGGCGGGCUCCGCAUGAAUACGCUCUAUCUGUUCUCGGUGAUGUCGUGGAACGAACUGGGCCAGAGCGCCUACCUGCCGGAUUUGGCACGGGCCGAGACCAAAGAAGCUCCGCCCCCCUCGCAUCCGGCCUCAUCGCUGGGAGGCGGACCGCCGACCACUAGCCAGACGCCGUUGGGCGGCACAUCGGGCAUGCUCCUGGUGGGCGUGGGCGCCGGCAUCGUCGUUGUCCUGCUCAACGUGUUUGUCAUCGGUUGCUGUCUGCACAAACGGAACGAGAAGCGCCUCAAGCGAGGACUUGAACUGAUGCCAGCCGAGUUAACCGAGGACUCCAGCAACACACCGAAUCUGGUCAUAAUUGGCAUCUCCCUGGCGGCAUUUGGCUUUCUCCUGGUCAACGCGUCGCUGGUUGCCUGGUUCUUUGUGCAUCAGCGCCGCAAGAAAGUGGCGGAAACUACAAAUCAACCGGCAAAAACGGCAACCAUCGAGAUGUACGCGCCCAGUUCGUAUAAUGACACCGUUACCGGCGAGACGCUGUCCAGCGUUUCGGAGAAGAGCGAAUCCUACUCCAAUGAGGGCAGCAGCCAGCCGGAAUAUAUUGACGAGGCACGCAAAAAGGCGGCGUCCACGUAUCUCGUCGAGGGCUCGGAUAUGCCACCGCCCAGAUAUCAAAAGGAUGGCACCCUGCCAGUCAUAUAUCCGAAUAAUAUUGUGAAUGCCUGUACACUGCCGCACCCGAGGCACAAUAAUGGCAGCGCCGCCAUUCAUAUGACCCGGGAUGAUCAGAUGCUAAUCAGCAAGGGUGUCUAUAUUCCGUCCCCGUCGCCGGCGCCGCCACCAGAUGGCUCCUACUACAACAUGAACAGCGACAGAUACUUGUCCUAUCCGCCAAUGGAAUAUCCAGCAGCCCUGGACUUCACCGCCCAGCCUAUGCCCAUGGCGCACCUGCAGCCCAUGACGGUAACCUCGCUAGCCACCAACGGCGGUGCCACGCUCAUCGGCAACGGAUCAGUGGCAGCGGUUGCCGGUGGUUCGGGCACCUUGCGGCGAGGGAUACUGCGCGGGGUGGUGGGGGUACCACAGCCUGAUGUGACUCACCACACUACAGUGGGCGGUAGUCCAAUGCAGAUGCUGCACGACCUGCACCCGGUGAACCUGAGUGCCUCGACGCUUACCACCAGCACCACUCUGAACGGCAGUCUGCCGACGGCCACGGCCACGCUGCCCCGCCAGCCACAUGGCAUCCUGAAAGAUCCCAAUCGGAACAAACAGCAACAACAUCAGCAGCAGCAGCUGCUCAACGCCAGUUUAGUGGGUGUGGGUGUUCCAGUAUCAGCGCCCAUGGGUAGCCUGCAGAUCCUUAACCUGCCACCGGCGGGCGGUGGACUGGGUAACAAUCUACUGAUGACCACCAGCGGAGCCUUCGACCCGACGGCGGUGGGCAUGAGCAGCUUCGGCGGAGUGAGCCAGGCCGGCGGCAUUCCGGUGGCCUAUACCGAUGCGGAUGGACACCUCGUAUAGCUGUAGGCGGGAACUGGGGCCAUCAGCAGCAGCAGUAGCACCAGCUGCAGCACCACCGUUCGGAUCCUAUCCGGCAGUGAGCCCCGGUUCUAAGCAACCAUGUCGUCAGCACAUCAUCCUAUCCACAACCUAUCCAGCAUACUCGUAACUGUAACCAACCUACUCGCAAGGAUGUAGCUAGUUUAGGAGCUUUCUCUUCGGCAAACUGGGUCCCUUUUGGUGUCCCCUGUCCAGCAGCCACAUCCACUGGCCAUUACCUUAUUCAAAUCAGCCAGCGAAUUAGUUUAUGUAAAUUUCUACCCAAUUCUUACGGCUUCCACAGUCAAUGUGGGUGUUUAUUUAGAUAAGGAUUCUGAAAGGGAGGCAAAGUCACUGGGGGGAGUGAGCAUAAUUUCGUAGAGAGUUUUACUAAUUAGCCGGCAGCCGGAGUGGCGGGAGG